AUGCGAUAACCCUGAGAGAAAGAGAGAGAGAGAGAGAGAGAGAGUGAGUGUGAGAUUCACCUGCCCCCCCUUCUCUCUCUUGCUAUCUGGGUUUCUCAAUUUUCAUUCCAUUUCUUCUCUCUUGGUUUCAUCGUCUUUGCUUAUUGGAUUUUUCAACCACGUCCCCCUUUCUUCCAUUUUCUCAAUAAUCUUUUGUACUCUUUUUCUUUUCCUCAAAAAUGGAUUUUUCGGAUACCCAUUUCCCCAAAGCCUAAUAUUUGCCUGUCAGACACUCCAAUCUUUCUUCGGGGAUGAGGAAAAUAGGUUGAGGUAUACACUAAAGCCUAAGAAGAAGUUCAAUCGCAAGGUUUAGAUUAAUGGGUAAACAAGCAAUCCAGGUAUUUGAUGACAAAAAGGAUGGAUUUUUCUUAAUCUCUGAUUUGGGGUCUCAAUGGGGUUUUCAAGAUGGGCAAUAUUUUCAUGGUGGAGGCCUUUUUGCAAGCGUUAAUCAGAUGGGGAUGGGCUUCCCAAAUUCCAGUGACAAUAGUAGCAUAAAAUCUCUGUACGCUGAUUUGUGUGAAAAGUAUUUUUCAUUUGUAGGUUUCCAAGAGGAGGAAGGGACUCUUAAGAAGAAGAAGGGUGGGCUUAAGUUGAAGCUUAAGGUUAAAAAUCCUAUGGUAAGACGGUUAAUUAGUGGAGGAAUAGCUGGGGCUGUCUCAAGGACUGCCGUUGCUCCGCUGGAGACCAUAAGGACUCAUCUGAUGGUGGGGAGCAGUGGGCAUACUACCACUGAGGUGUUCCAUAAUAUAAUGAAGACUGAUGGAUGGAAAGGAUUGUUUAGAGGCAAUUUGGUUAAUGUGAUUCGGGUUGCACCAAGCAAGGCCAUAGAGCUGUUUGCGUAUGACACCGUUAAUAAGAACUUGUCACCCAAGCCGGGGGAGCAACCUAAACUUCCCAUUCCUGCAUCAUUAGUUGCUGGGGCCUGUGCUGGAGUCAGCUCAACUUUGGUCACGUAUCCACUUGAGUUAGUCAAGACUCGAUUAACCAUACAGAGAGGUGUUUAUAAUGGUAUAUUAGAUGCAUUCUUAAAAAUACUGCAAGAAGAGGGCCCUGCAGAACUCUAUAGAGGCCUUGCCCCUAGCCUCAUUGGAGUUAUUCCAUAUGCUGCCACAAAUUACUUUGCUUAUGACACAUUACGGAAAGCCUAUCGGAAAGUUUUUAAGCAAGAGAAGAUUGGCAACAUUGAAACCCUAUUAAUUGGAUCAGCAGCUGGAGCUAUAUCCAGUAGUGCAACUUUCCCACUUGAAGUUGCACGCAAGCAUAUGCAGGUUGGAGCUCUCAGUGGAAGACAAGUGUACAAGAAUGUACUUCAUGCACUUGCAAGCAUACUUGAGCAGGAAGGGUUCCAGGGUUUAUAUAAAGGUCUGGGUCCCAGCUGCAUGAAGUUGGUACCUGCAGCUGGGAUAGCUUUUAUGUGUUAUGAAGCAAGCAAGAGGAUACUGGUAGAGGAUGAUGAAGAACAAUAGAAGAGCGGAAGAACCAUUAUAUCUUUUGAAACAAAUGAGAUACCUUCAAUUGAUACUAGAGCUAAAUUCAUCUUGCAGUUUUCUCCAUUUUGAGGGUUUUUUUUUUUUUUUCUUUUUUUUUUAGUACUCACUCAAUAACCUUCCUUGUUGAGAAGGUUAGAAACUACAUUCAAUGGUUUUUGUUUCUGCUCCUUUUGGUUAAAAGAAUCGAUCAGAUAAAUUAAAUUUUGAAGAGCGUUUGCGUAACA